AUGGCGCGUUUUCAAGAAGAAGACAUUGCCAAUUGGCUCUUAGAAGAGGAAAACUUUGAUGCUAGUGGAAUAGUGUCAGACUCAGAUUGUGCAAGUGAACACAGUGAUCACAAUUCAAAUUCAGAACAAAGUGGUGCUGAUUCGGACACUGGUGAGCCCAUAGCUGAUUUUUCUGAACAUCCACAAGCAACAAAUAAUGAGGUACGUGGUGUUUUUUAUAAAGGCAAGAAUGGUACAAUGUGGGAAGCUCACAAGCCAAAACAGACCAGAACACCUGCACAAAAUAUUGUGCAAAAACUUCCUUCUAUAAAACGUCUAUAUCAAGAGAAAUCAAACAUUGUAGAUUGCUGGAAGGUUUUUAUUACAGACAAUAUUAUUGAUAAAAUAAUUGUAGGCACAAAUCAGAAGUUAGAUGUAAUGAGGAGGAAUUAUUCCCGGGGGGAAAAGGAUUGUCCUCCUACUAAUAGAGACGAAAUUCUUGCCUUUUUUGGAUUGCUAUAUUUGAUUGGCAUGAAAAAAGGAAACCAUUUGAGCACAGAUGAACUUUGGGCAACAGACGGUACUGCUCCAGACAUAUUCGCAUGUACAAUGUCUCAAAGGAGAUUUCAUACUCUUGUUCAGGGAAUUAGAUUUGAUGACAAAGCAAGUAGAGCUUACAGAAAGGCAAGAGAUAAUUUAGCUCCCAUAAGGGAAAUAUUUGAAGAGUUUGUAAGGCAAUGCCAGGCCUCAUAUAAUGUUGGAGCAUUUGCAACAAUAGAUGAAAUGUUAGAGCCAUUCAGAGGUCGUUGCCAUUUUCGGCAGUACAUUGCUAAUAAGCCAGCCAAAUACGGCAUUAAGAUCUACGCAGUUACCGACUCGAAGACUUUUUAUACGGUUAACAUGGAAAUAUAUCCAGCUAAACAGCCGGAUGGUCCAUUCAAGACCGAUAAUGACGUGUCUGCUGUCGUAAAAAGAGUUGCUGAGCCAGUACUGAAUGGUGGACGUAAUUUGACAAUGGACAAUUUUUACACUUCAGUUCCUUUGGCCAAUGAUUUAUAUCAUAACUACAGAACUACAGUUGUAGGAACUAUUAGGAAGAACAAACCUGAUCUACCACCUGAAAUAACAAAUAUUACAGGUCGUGCUAAAUGCAGUACUAUUUUUGCUUUUGGAAAAGACCCUAAUAAGUGCACUAUACUAUCUUAUGUACCAAACAAAAAAUCUAAAAAAAACGUAAUCAUGUUAUCCACCAUGCACAGUGAUGACACUAUAGAUGAGUCUACUGGUGAGCAGUUCAAACCUGAUAUUAUAACGUUUUACAACAGCACAAAAGGUGGUGUUGACGUAGUAGACCGCAUGAAAGGAGAAUACUCAGUCACCAGAGUAAGCAACAGGUGGCCAUUUACUGUUUUUUGCGGCCUUUUGAAUGUUGCUACUAUCAACAGCCAAAUUAUGUUCAACUUCAACACUUCCAAAAAAGUUGCAAGAAAAGAUUUUAUAAAGGAAUUAGCUAAAUGCCUCAUCAAACCUCACAUUGACCAGAGAGCUUCAAUUCCAACACUGGCGAUCCCGCUACGGCGAAAAAUAGAAAAAAUUACUGGAUACAGGAAUAUUCCUAACCUACGACAGGAUGGUGCCAAAUCAAAAUGUGACUUCUGUCCCGCAAAAAAGAACCGAUACUCAAAAAAUCGGUGUUGCGACUGCAAAAAAUUAUUGUGCAAAGAACAUGUUAAAAAAACUACCUUUGUUUGCAAUGAUAGUGAAGAUAGUGACUGA